GUGUGUGUAGCCUGUUGGACGCCUCGCUAUGGUCUUUUCUUGUCUCAUGUGUGAUGGGGGCUCUUGAUGGUGCUCCAUCAGGAGGAGAAGUGUGCAUCAAGUGGAUCUGGAUUUGACAACAGAUGAGUCGCGGUAGGCAGAGGCAGGAGCAGAGAGCUUCGUGUACGACAAGACUUCAACACGACGAUCAGAAUGAUUCCCUGUCACUAUUAUGGAUUUAACUCGCUAUCACACUUUUGAAUUACUUGCAUGCACAGUUCUCAUCUCAUCACUGUUGGUGAUAGAUGGUGCAUCUCCUGACAAACUGCCUUCACCAGUGGACCAGUGCUCUCCAAACCCCUGCCAAAACAGGGCGAUAUGCCGAACCCGCGGGGACGGCUACUCGUGCUUCUGUGUGCCGGGGUUCCAAGGUGCUCACUGCCAGAUUGACGUGAAUGAGUGUGCUUCACAGCCCUGCAGGAACGGGGCCACAUGUGUGGACAAAGUGGGCAGGUUCUCCUGUCUGUGUUCUCCUGGGUACACUGGGGCCACUUGUGAGGUCCUGAUUGACGAGUGUCAAUCACAGCCAUGUCUCAAUGGCGGCAGUUGCCAUGGCUACGUUGGCGGCUUCACUUGCACCUGCCUGCCCGGUUACCAAGGACACCGAUGCGAAAUCAACAUUGACGAGUGCCAAGAGCAGCCAUGCCAGAAUGGGGCUCUGUGUAUAGAUGGGGUGAAUGACUACAGCUGUGACUGCUCUCACACAGCCUUCACUGGCAGACACUGUGAGACACCACUCCCACCAUGCCACUCUGAACCAUGCUUCAACAGCGCCAUCUGCAAGGACAACCAGGGUAACUACAGCUGUGAAUGCUGGCCAGGGUUUGAGGGGCGUCAGUGUGAAAUUGACAUCAAUGAGUGUGGCAGCAACCCCUGCAUGCAUGGAGGCAGCUGCAUUGAGAGGUCAUGGCCCAAUCUGUAUGGCAUCGAGCCUGUGCUGCCUGAACACUAUGACCCGCAGAAUGCUGCAGGCUACAUCUGCAACUGUGUUGGAGCUACAGGUUCCCUCUGCCAGGAGGUGAUAGACCAGUGUGACCCCAGUCCCUGCCAGAAUGGAGGCAGGUGUGAGAGCCACAUUGGAGGCUAUACUUGCCACUGUCACAAACAGAGUCAGGAUGGCGUCCUCUAUGGAGGUGUAAACUGUGAUGUGAGGCUAGUGGGCUGUGAGGGGCAUGAAUGCCAGAACCAAGGCUCCUGCUAUCCAUUCCUGUUGGAUCGGACUCAUGGAUACACCUGUUCCUGUGCACCUGGGCACACUGGACCCCUCUGUAUGACCCCCACCACCUUCUCCUUUGAACGGAGAGGCUACCUGCUGCUGCAGAGUCCCCUGGUGGAUGCUGCAGUGUCCUGCAACAUCACUCUCAGCUUCAAGACUAUUCUGCCCAGAGCGUUGCUGUUCCAGCGGAACAGCAGGGGGCUGCUGCUGAGCCUGGAGCUGGACGAAGGGCGGCUUCGUCUCAUGCUGAGGAAGGAGGCCUCUGCUGGGGCUGAAGCAGAAAGCCCAAGCCAGGUCCUGGAGCUACCACACAAUGUCACAGAUGGAGAGUGGUAUUCUGUAGAGGCUGUGCUCGGAAACUGGGUGCUCAGUCUGACACUCUUGGAUGAUGCUGGAAGCUGUGGGAGCCAGUCGUGCCACACUGUGGCCCCAGUCCAAAGCACCCUGGCCAGGCUGGUGUCACCUCCUCAGAACACUUACAUUGGAGGAGUGCUUCAGGACUCAAAUGGCCACAGCGAGGACUCUCCAGUUCCAGCAUUUAUUGGCUGCAUGCGGGAUGUGUUUGUGGACUGGCAGCUCAUCGUCCCUGAGGAAUGGCUGAGUGACUCUGCUGUGAAUGUGUCCCCUGGCUGCAGCCACAGGGACCACUGCCUGGACGUGCCUUGCCAAAACAGAGGACAGUGUGUCAACCUGUGGCAGAGCUACCAGUGCCGAUGUCCGAGGCCUUAUAAGGGGCAGGAUUGCGAGGAGGAACAUGUGCCUGCACGCUUUGGGAACGAGGACUCUCAGAGUUACGCAGCAUUCACUGUCACCGACCAUCUGGGUCACAACCUGUCCAUCUCCCUCUUCCUGCGGACACGGAGGCCCAAUGGACUCCUCCUGGCGCUGGCCAGCAACAGCAGCAGCCCUUACCUGCACAUGUGGCUGGAGGACGGCAGGGUCGCAGUUCAGCUGGAUAACUCUGAGAGCCUAAAGGCUGAGAGUGCGAUCGAUGACGGGGAAGUCCAUUUUGUGAGUGUAGAGGUGGCGGAGGGUCGUAUGGCGCUGUAUGUAGCAGCUCAGGAACAGGGUGAUGUGGAAGUCGGGACAGUCGAUGUCCAAGCUGGAGAUACUGUGUAUGUGGGAAGUCUGUUGGACACGGCCUCAGAGUUUGGUGGAUAUUUUAAAGGCUGUAUCCAGGACCUGAGGAUCAACGACAGGAGGCUGCAGUUCUUUGGGACGGACACCUUAGUGAAAUAUUAUCCUCUGAUGUUCAUGGAAAACGUGACAGCUGGAUGCUCUGGGGACGACGCCUGUAGUAGAAACCCUUGUCUAAACGGCGGGAUGUGCUACUCCAUGUGGGACGACUUCACCUGCACCUGCCCUCCCAGCACAGCAGGGCGGCGCUGUGAAGAGGUCAGGUGGUGCGAGCUGUCACCUUGCCCCGCGGACUCAGAGUGCAGGAUGCUGAACCAGGGAUAUGAAUGCUACUCCAAUGCAACGUUCCUGAAUGACAGCACUGUGCUGUCCUACCGGGGAAACGGACACAUUACCCGUAAUCUAACUAACCUCUCCCUAAACCUACGCACACGAAAGCGCAACACAGCUAUACUCCAUGCAGAGAACGGCUCGGCAUUCGUCAUACUCUCCGUCCAGGAUGGUUUCCUCUUCAUGGAGCUCCAGAGCACCACUGUAGACAACAGAGAGGAGGAGGAAGGAGAGAGAGGUGCGUCCACAGUCAGUCUCAGCAGCAGGAGGAGUGUUAGUGAUGGUGAGUGGCACAGCAUCCACCUGUUUAUGUCAGCGCCGUGGGCAGAAACCUCCCGGUGGACUCUGGUGGUGGAUGAAGAAAUAGAGGAAGCCAGCACUUCCAGUAGCCAAGGAGGCAACCUUAACUUCCUCAGGCAGGGGGUGGACAUCUUCUUAGGGGGCCUGGCCCCUGAUGCUGGGUGGUCCCUGACUGGGUGCCUGGGCACAGUAGAGGUGGGUGGCAUUGCCCUGCCUUACUUCAACUCCUCUGAUGUGAACCUGCCACGCCUGCAGAAGGAGCAGUUCAUCCAGACAUCGCUGCAGCCACCGAUCCUUGGCUGCAGCGGGGCGUCCGUGUGUGAGCCCAACCCCUGCCUGAACGGAGGGGAGUGCCAGGACCUCUUCAACACCUACAACUGUAGCUGUGCAGCAGGGUGGGCAGGGAGACGCUGCGGCUUCUUCACCAACACCUGCGCCUCUAGUCCCUGCGUUCACGGCAACUGCAGCGUGAAAGGGCUGACCUACGAGUGCACCUGUGAGUUUGGCUACGCAGGCGUGGACUGUGAUGAGGAGGUGGAUAUGUGUGAAAAACACCUGUGUGCCCACGGAGGCACCUGUCUGCACGGGCCGGACAGGUACGCCUGUCUCUGCCCUGAGAACUACACUGGACCACUUUGCAAUGAGCGCAUUGAAGAGAUUCCAUGGUACAUUGUUGUCAGAAAUGUACGGCCUAAGCUGCCUGUUUCUGUGUGCGGCGAUGACACCAGAAACUACACCUGCUUCAAUGGAGGCAACUGCACUGACCGGGAGCUGUCUUGUGACUGUCCGCCUGGCUUCAUUGGACACCGGUGUGAGCAGGAGGUGGACGAGUGCAAGUCUAACCCCUGUCUAAAUGGAGGCUACUGCCGCAACCUCAUCAACAAGUUUGUGUGCGUGUGCGACAUGAGCUACGCUGGAGACACGUGCCAGACGGACUUGACCUCUGAGGGUUUGACCUCUGACCUCCUACUAUCCAUCAGUCUGGUGUCUGUCGUCCUGCUGCUGGUUCUCAUCCUCACCUCCGUCAGCCUGGUGGUGGCACUAAAUCGCCGUGCCACCCACGGCACCUACAGUCCGAGCCGGCAGGAGAAGGAGGGAUCCCGGGUGGAGAUGUGGAGCAUCACUCAGCCUCCACCUAUGGAGAGACUCAUAUGAGAAGACUGUGUUUACAUGCAGGGUGGAACGUGGUUACUGUAGCGAUGAAGGAGCUGAUGUUAGAAACACACCUUAUAAUGGAUGUGUAACUUCUGCAGCCUGCAUGUAAACAUAGUCUUCUCCUCACAAUAACUUCCUUUGACAUUACAGCAGUCUUUCCUCACAUGCUGAAAGACUCUAUGAGAUCUUGUGACACCAUUUUUGUGUAAUCAUACAUCCCAGUGCUUCAUCCAUCUUCCUGCGAUGUUUUGCACCUGGCUUCAGCACCCAGCAGUACAUCCAUCUGCACGCAAAGAUUUGAGUUCAGAACAUAUUGAGUCUGUCACAUCUUUGUGUCUGAUCCAUAUCUUUUAGGAUUGAUGGACCUGGUGAGCACUCGAAAGGAAAAUCUGAUCAGAAUUAGGGACGCACAAACACAGCUCAUAGCCUCAUCCGGAAACAAGCAGUCAGACAGUUUCUCAAUUAAAGGAUGAGGCUGGUAUUACUCUGUAUUUUCUUAUUGUCAACUAAUUCCAUAAAAUUAUCAAAACCAGUAUGGGUGUGUAAGCUGCUGCUAACAGUUGGUGCAUUUCCAUCCACCUCUUUUGGCACAUUUUCAAUUUGGGUAUAAAAAAAAAACCUGAGUGGAAACGCCAAAAGAAGAAAACAGCUUGAAAUGUCACAAAAAAGUUUUUACUCUUGGAAAGGAACUUGUGCCUAAUAUUAAUAAUUAUAAUAAGACACUGGAUUUAUAGAGCACUUUUCUGGAUGCUCAGAUGCUUUACAAAGAACAACAACAACAUAACAAAGGAAAAAAACAAUACAAGGAUGAAAUUGCAAUGAAAUAGUUUCAGCAAAUAGAUGAUGACAUUGAGUCGUGAUGUACCAUCAUCACAGAGGCCACUGCAGGCUCUCCUGGAUGGCUUUUAGGACGGCCUUCCUCUGCACCCUUCUGUGUGUCAGCUCUGGCAGUUCCCAGCCACGCUCCUCCAGGUGGUUGCUUUUUAAUGUACCACAGGUUUUAACAGAUCUGGGGAAAACUGCAUUCUCCUACUCUGCACCUCUGACAUGGAAAAAAAAGAUCUAAAAUUAGAAACACUUAAUACCCAUCACUAAAUUUAAGGGCAUCAUAAAGAAUGUGGUGACAGAGACGUGGAUUUCUGUGUAUAUGUUGUAUUUGUUGCAUUUCAAAUGUUUUGAUCUGCUGCUACCUCGGCCAGGUCUCUCAUGUUAAAGAGAUUUUCAAUCUCAGCGGGACUUCCUGGUUUAAUAAAGGUUACGUAAAAAAUUUUAAGAAAAUAACAGCUUAUGUAUUCACACAAUGCAGCUACCAGAACUCUUCCAAGAGCAUAGCUGUAAUAUUAUUAUUAUUAUUGUUAUAUUUUGCCAUUGUCAGAUGUGCGCUCUGUCAUUAUACAUCCUUUGUUUUCCUUCAUUUCAGGUUUGACUGGUGCUCUUUUAAUUACGUCAUCUCAUUGUGCCCUCUUCUGCAGCGGCACCUGACUGGAGUAUUACUGCCACCUAUGUCUUUUCUCGAUGAACCAACUUAGCCAAGUAUUGGAUGGAAAAGCACGUAAAUGUGCUUUUUCUGUAGCCGAUUUUCUGAAAAUUCAGUUAAAAUUUGUGCUACAUUUGCACCACAAGUGACCCUGAAGAAGUCCCAUGGCAGUCACAACAUGUUGGUCAUAUAAAAUACACUUUGCCAUGUAAAGUUAAGGCAUUUAAAUUUCGCACAAACCCUAAAGUGUGUCUCAGAUUGUUGACUUGCAUUUUUUAUUUUUUAUUUAGAAUAUAUUCCAGCCUUGCAAAGGCUCUGUUUCUAAAGAAGACAGAGAAAAGAAAAAGAGGCUCAAUAAUUUCUUUUAAUUUAAUUUGAUUAAAACAGGAUAAAUAGUGCAUUCGUUUGGGACUAUUUUCAGGUGCAUAUUAAUGCACUUUUUAAAUGUAUUUUGCUGCAACGGGAUGGUAAACCAAACUAUAAUAGCCAGAAUUAUUGAAGGAACCUGUGUAACGGUGGCUCACUGAUGGAUUUUCAACAGUUUUUGGAGAAUAAUGGAGCUCUAAGGCACAGCGGAACAAGCUGUAGGCUUUGGCUGCACAGAUAAUAUUUGUUAGAAUCAAUUUUGUGUUGUUUUGGUCUUUUCAUGGGAUCUGUUGACAAUAAGAAAAAUAUAGAACAUCACACCAAUAUCUGUAUCUGAUACUUGAAAACACCUUUCAAAUCUCUGUGUAAUCCAUGUCUAUACGCUGAGUCCUGCUGCCAGUUUUGAUUUAUUUUUCAGUGAACAUUUCUACUGCAAGUACGGUAGCUCCUCACAGACAGAAUAAUGUACGAUAAGCUGCACUAGUCAGGAAUAGUUUCUUCAAGGCUGCCAUGUAUGUUGUUAGAAACAGACACUGUCUUGACUGCAGUGCCAAUUACUGUGUAUGUGUAUAUAUCAUAACUAUGAUUUUAUUAUGUUUUAAACUGUGAAUUUCAUUUCUACCUUUAAUUGUUGCCAACUGUACAUAGAGAACGUACCGGUUGAUUAAAGUGAAUUUAUUUGUGUUUAUUUAUUGUAUGUGGACUAAAUAUAUUACAGGUCUAUUUAGGAACAGUCUGGUGCUACUGUGAGAGAGGAUUGGUGUUUUUACUUUAGUUUGCUAUAAUCAAUAAGCCAAUGCACAGACACACACACUUAC